AUGUCAAAGAAUUAUUCAACACAUUUCGUAUUAUGGUUUUUAGUUCAUUUAUUAUUAAUUGAAAUAAAUUGCCAAACUGCGCCCUUUAAGCCGUUAAGACGAGAAAGUCAUACUUCAACACACAUAGAUGAUAAACUUUACAUUUUAGGUGGAAGAAAUGAAGCUGGUGAUAUAAAACUUACUUCUGCUGCAUCUGUUAGGGGUGGUAUAAAUAAUAAAACCUUGUUUUUGCAUGGAGGUUUUCCUUACACGGAAAAUGAAGUAACAUUAGUUUACACAUUUGAUACUCAAAGUAAUUCAUGGAGUAUUCCAAAAAUAACCGGUGACAUUACAAUUAGAAAAGAUAACCUAAAAGCUAUCGUUGAUGAUAAUGGGAAAAUGUAUUUAUUUGGUGGGCAAUCUAAUGAAACCAUUACAAAUGAUAUGCUUAUUUUAGACACAAUAAAUUUAAAAUGGGGAAUAGGAGCUUCAAUUGAUGCACCUUCUCCAAGAGCUGAUGCACUUUAUGUAUUAAAUUUAGCAAAUUAUGAAUGGUACAUUCCAAAAAUUUCUGGAACAAUUCCAGGUUCCAGAUAUUGGCAUCAAGCGAACGUAAUUGGAAAAUAUAUGAUUAUAUCAUUUGUAAAUUGCCAAAUGACGGCUUAUAGACCAUUACCACAAUAUUUACAUUCUGUUUCACUUAUAAAUGAUAAAUUAUAUUUCGUAGGCGAAUAUGAUUUUUUUUCUCUUGACGUGUCUAAUUCAUUUAGUUCCAUAGAAUUAAAAUGGAACCUAUUAUCAUUCAAUAAUAUUAUUCGACAAACGCAUCGUGGUGCAUCGUCUGUUAAGGGUGGAGCUAAUAAUAACACCUUGUUUUUGUACGGAGGACACUCCACUCAUACCGUUACAACUACCGAAUUAGAUAAAAGUCCUGUAUAUGCAUUUGAUCCACAAAGUAAUUUGUGGAGCCAUCCAAAGACAGCUGGCGAAUACAUCGAUAAAAAUGACAUAACAGGCGUCGUCAAUAAUAAUGGAAUGAUGCAUAUGUUCAGUAAUUUCUUUACAAUUGGUGAAGGAUUCAAUGAUAUGCUUAUUUUCAAUACGAUAAACUUUAAUUUGGAGACAAAGAUUUCAAAUAAUGCCCCAUCUCCAAGAUUCUGGUAUGGUGCGGUCUUGUUACCCAAUCAGAAAAUUGCCUAUUUAGGCGGUUAUAACAUUGCUAAUGGUUAUCUACCAUUGAAUGAGAUCUACCUUUAUGACACAAUAAAUGAUAAUUGGAGAACAGAGUUAGCUACGGGGAAAGUUCCUUCUAAUAGAAAAGGAUUUACUGCUAUUCUUGGGUUGGAUGGACGGCGUAUAAUAAUCUUUGGGGGAGAGGAUAUCGCUGGAGUUAUACCAUUAGAUGAUUCACUUUAUGUAUUAGAUUUAAUAAAUUUUCAAUGGUUCAUUCCAAAGACAAGGAUUACUGGAUUAACCCCAAUAUCCCGACAAUACCAUCAAGCUAAUGUUGUUCGAAACUAUAUGAUUGUAUCAUUUGGUCAAUUUGAUAGUAUAGCAGGAAUGAGUAAUAUUCCUAACCAUGCAUAUAAUGAAGGGGGGAUAAAUAAUAAUGUUGAUAAUGAACGUAAAAAUUAUGUUGGUGCUAACCAAAAUUAUGCAAACCAAAAUUAUGCAAAUCAUCAUGAACGAAUAAACCAAAAUCGUGAAGAAGUAAAAUAUCCUAUCCAAAGUCGUGCUGAAGAUUAUGGACAAGGCAAAGUUCCGGAAAAUGUAUAG